AUGGCCGAUCAGAGCUCAGUGGCUGCCCCGGUUGAGGCUGCCGUCAAAGAGGCCGCGGAGUUGCCCAAGCCGCAAAGGGCGGAUGCUGUCAAGGAGCAGAGGAAGUCAUUGAACAAGUCCACCAGUGAACCGACGCAGACCCUAAAUCGGUGCCUUGUCUACUGCAGAUUGCGCCCAACGAUCAAAAUAGAUUAUCGGGGCGGCGGAUUUAAGCUGGUAUCGGUGGAGGGCAAAAGCAUCGCUUUGAAGGGCGAGCGCCGAUACGAUUUUGACGGAGCCUUUGACCAGGACUGCACACAGGAGCAGAUUUUCGACUCCGUCGCCGUGCCCUGCCUUGAGCACGCGUUCAAUGGGUUUUGUUCGGCGCUGAUGUGUUACGGUCAGACAGGUACUGGGAAGUCCUUUACUAUGUGCAACACAACCCCUGGCACUGAGGGAAUUAUCCCUCGGGCGGCUCACUUUAUUUAUGAUAAGAUAGAAGCGUGUCCAGGACGUAACUACGAGGUUGUCGGACGGUUUGUGCAGAUAUACCGCGACAACCUCGGUGACUUGAUGGUGGGCUCCGGCAAGGAGCGGGUGGAGGUUCGAUUUGAUGAGGAGGAGGGCAUUACGUUUACGGGGUGCACAUCUCGCGUCCUCCGCUCCCCGCAGGAGUUCAUGCAGUUUUACCGCGCCGGAAACGAGCGCCGUGUUGUGACGGCAACGGCAAUGAACCCAGAGUCGAGCCGCGGGCACACCGCGCUGGUGAUCAGUAUUGUUUCUGAGGACCCUAACGACCCUGCGGCGGGAAAAAUGCGGGGUAAAAUUACGUUCAUUGACCUGGCCGGUUACGAGCGCUUCGCCAAGACCGGUAUCACCAACGAGAACACCAUCAUGAAGGAUGAGGCAAAAUGUAUUAACGCCUCCCUGUUGGCUCUGGGGCACGUAGUCACGGCCUUGUCUUCUGGAUCUCCGCAUAUUCCGUGGCGAGACUCAAAACUCACCCGUAUUUUGCAGGACUCCAUCGGUGGCAGAAGUCGCACCUCCAUCAUUCUUACCGUUGGGCCAAGCAGCGAUCACCUUUACGAGACGGCCAACACCCUGCAAUUUGGCCUGCGCGCGAUGUCGGUGAAGGUGACCGCCAAGCAAUCGGUGGUGGUGAACUAUGAAAAACUGGCCCGCAACCUGCAAACGCUGCUGGAUGAGAAGGAGCAGCAGAUUGCUUUGCUCGAGGUACAGAUUGCUGGCCGCGACGCUGAGCGGGCGGAGCUGAUGGAGCGGUAUAAUGAACAGCGCGCGGAGAUCGAUAUGCGGUAUGAGAAGGAUAUGGCGAACUUGGUGGCAAGCAACGCAUCUCCGGAGCAGAUACAAUACCUGCGCGAGGUGUACAAGGUGGAGGUGGAGAACCUGCACGAGCAGCGAGACGAGGAGAUUCAGUACAAAGAGGAGGUGCACUCAAAGGAGAUUACGAGGCUUGUUCGUCAACAGGCGGAACAGGAGGCGAAGCGCCGGGCCGAGAUGAAGUUGGCGCAAGAGCGCAUCAUUGAGGAUUUCCAGAAAAAACUUGACGAUGCACGCCAAGGGAAGAACGAUGACAUCGUUAAUGUCUUGCGUCAGCUGGCGGAAAAGGACUCCCUACUUGCCACUCGCGCCAACGACACCGCCCGACUUCACGAGCACAUUGAGGUUUUGACGCAGCAGAUCAAGGAGAUGGGCGGGACACCCGUGGAGGAGGCCAUCUUCCCCGAGACCUUCAUCGACGUUGGCCAGGUGGAGGAAAUUCAGCAGCGCCUGGGGGCUGAGUUGGAGUGGCAUCGUGAGAAGGAGGCGCAGUUGUACGCCGAGGUGGAGCGGCUGUCAAAGAUUUCCUCCGAACGCGUGGAGGAGAUCAACAAGUUGCACGACGAGAAUACGCAACUGCGUCAAUAUCUUGCCAAGAGUGGUAUUGAGCUCUCCGAGGCAGACGACUUGACAAAGUUUUUGCGUGAGAGACGCGCCAAGAUGGUUGACAGUAGUGAGAUGGAAACGCUUCGUGUGACCAUGCAGGCUGACUUGGAUGAGUUGAGGGCGCAAAAUGCGGAACUGACGCGGGAGGUGGAACGCCUUAAGGAAGAACGUGCGCAGCAGUCCGUUCCCCUCACCGCACGUAUUUUUGGCACAGCACGCGGCACCGGAAGUACGGCGCGCGGCUUUCCCCCUUUGGCGCCUCCUCAAGCCUCGGGGCGUGGCGCCAGCCAGCUCCGCCAGUUCUUCUUGUCAGCUGACGAGCCGAGGACGGCGGGACCCGCGUCCCAAACCGAUGCCUCCAAAAAGGCCGUAAAACAGUUAUCCGACCAAUUGGCGUUCAGCAUGCAGGAGAAAACUGCUCUAUUGGAUCGCAUUCGGAAGCUGGAGGCAGAAAUGGCGGCUAAUGGCGUGGCGGCUUCGCAGCCGUAUGUGCCCCCGAUUAGGUUGGGCGCCUCUGCUGUACCGCCCGUGCCUUCGCUUGCCACUCCCUCCGCACCAGAGGUAACGCCCGAUGCCGACCUUGAUGUAUUGCUUAAAGUGAAGGACGCAGAGGUGGACGAAUUGAUGGAGACAAUUGAGCGUCAGCAGUAUCUGCUGUCAAGUGCCCGGGCUAACGAUGAGCAUUACCAACAGGUGAUCAGCAAUCUUCGACAGGUGAUUGACUCGGCGGAGCUGCCGGUGCCAGAAUCGCAACCCAUCCCUCCUCCGGUGGAUUCCAUCGCGGUGGACGACUAUAUGAACAUACUGCGUGCGCUACGUGAGAGUGAGAGAAGGCUGGCUGUUCGUCUCGCGGAGCGCGACGGCAAAGAUUCUGCUGGGGUGGAGGCACUUCUGGAGGAGAAGGAUCAGGAGCUCCAGCUCAAGGAUGAGCUCGUCAUUGAAAAUGCGUCCAAGAUGCAGUUUGUGGCCAAAGUCUGUAUUCGCCUUAAGAGUCAGUUGGAACUUUUGGGUAUAGUGCCUUGUUGUCAGCUGCCCGACUCUUACAAGGAAUUGAUUGAGCGCGAGAAGUUCGAGAUGGAGGAUCAAAUAAGCGUCCAGCAGGAUCUGGAGGAGCAGCUUCGCUUGGAAGCAGAAGAAAAACAGCGUUUAGCAAGGAUGCUUCGGUCUAUGCAGGAUGAGCGUGAAAGGGAUUCCGCUGUCAUGCUCCGCUUUCAACAGCGCUUCAAGGAAGCGCAAGAAAAAGAAAUGUGUAUCUCCGAGGCCCUGUCACGUGUCACAAGGGAAAAAAGUGAAAAGGAAAGGGUACUCGAGGAAACGCUGCGUGCGCUGUCAAGGCGUCUUAUGGAGUGUCAGGCACAGCUGAGCCAAGCAAAGGAACUUGAAACCACAGGGGGCAUGGGACGGCUUUUGAAAUUGUUCCUUCGUCGUUGA